AUGUCGUCCACGUCCCUCUCCACACAGGAGUCGAUCAAGAAGUCGACCCCGGCCUCGGAGCACGAGUACCCCCCCUCCGCUGCCGUGCUGGCUGAGAAGGCGCCCAUCUCUGGCGCCGAGCCCCACUCGAACCACCCCCUCAGCAAGCUCAGCUCGGGCCGCAAGCACUUCCUCCUGUUCAUCUUCUGCCUGUCCAACUUUGUCGACGUGUGCAAUGUCUCCGGCGUGGCUGUUGCCUCGUCGCAUAUCGCCUUCGACAUCAAGCUUGACGUGAGCCAGGUGGUCUGGAUCAUCACGGCCUACUCCCUCUCGUUUGCUUCCUUCCUCCUCUUCUCCGGCCGUGUGGCGGACCUCGUCCCCGCGCAGUACGUUUUCCAGGUCGGCUUCUUCGGCCUCGGCGUCAUGUCCCUCAUCCAGAGCUUUGUCACCCAAAACAAGUACGCCUUCCUCGUCGUGCGCGCAAUCGCAGGUCUCAUGGGCUCCAUGACCAUCCCCUCGGGGUACCACAUGACGGGCCACAUGUUCCCGCACCCCCUCGAGCGCCGCAAGAAGAUCUCGCUCCUCGGCCUCGCAGGCGGCUUGGGCAACGUUCUCGGCCUCGUCCUCGCCGGCGUCACCAUGCUCGCGUCGUACCGCUGGUUCUUCCGCCUCAUGGCCAUCAUCUCGUUCAUCUUCUCCAUCGCCGCCGUCUUCCUCAUCCCCCGCCUCCCCUCGUCCCACACCGCCGCCGACGGCCCCCGUUGGAAGCGCCUCGACAUCGUCGGCGUCAUCCUCAUGGCUGGUGGCCUCUCGACCUUCAUCCUCGGUCUUACCCAGGGCCCCAUUGACGGGUGGAACAAGGCCUCCUUCAUUGCGCCGUUUGUCAUUUCCAUCGUCCUCGCCAUCUCGUUCUUCUUGUACGAGGCUCACAUCUCGCCCCGCCGCGCGGUCCUUCCUGCCACCGUGUGGAAGAUUAGGAACAUGAAGGUCGCCUCGAUCGUCACCCUCAUGCCGUUCUCCUUCUGGGCGACCUCGCAGCUUCUCUACGCCACUUUCUGGCAGGUUAGGCUCCACUGGAAGCCCCUCCACGUCGCCGCCGCCAUCAUCCCGCAGGGUAUCACCAUGCUCCUCAUCGGCGCCGUCGUCCAAGCCUUCCCGUCAAUCAUCUACAAGCCCCGCAGGACCAUCCCCGUCGCUGCAGUGUUUGUCAUGGCCGCCGAAGUGCUCAUGUACUUCUCGGACGGUGGCACCGGCAAGAACUACUGGAAGUUCUGCUUCCCUGCCUUCGUGAUGGGCUCAGCCGGCGCCAUCUGCAUGUACAUGGCCUCGGGCAUCAACCUCAUCGCCUUCUGCCCCCUGAGAUGGGCGGUGUUGCUGGCCAUCGCCCAGGUCGGUGGAGCCAUCGCGCUCGCCAUCCAGGCCAGUCUUUCCGGUCCCAGCCUCUACGACUGGAAGAAGAACGCCAGGUCGUUCUGGUACCAGUUUGGCGCCACUGCUCUUGUCGCUAUCAUCUACGUCGUCUUCUACAAGACGCCUUCAGAGCCUGAGGAGGAGCACCGCCUCACCCGCGAGCGCAUUGCCGAGCUUGAGGAGAAGCACGCUCUCAAGCAGGCUGGAGCUCUCCCCUCGGUGUAA